AUGCUCAGAUCACGCACACUCCACCAACUCCUCUCCUGCAUGCUGCUGCUCCUUGUCUCCCUCUCGAGCUCAGGGGAGAGCCGGCCUCACGAGGCCCACAAAGGCACACCUGAUGCGCACAGCCAGAGGGUGCUACUUCUGGAGGCGGUGAAGACCGGGAUCCUCGGCUCGUUGGGUAUGGACAGGGAGCCCAGGCCAACCCGAAAGGCCUCGGAGGAAGAGCUGAGGAGGAUGUAUCAGCUCUACAGGGAAAAAGUGAGAGAGAUGAGAGGAAAUUCCAGCCAGCUGAUGAAGGAAACCUGGCAAUCAACCGUGUCUACUGUGCUCUUUCCAGCUACAGUGGAGUCAAUAAAAGUGGUCCGGAGAAGAGAACAUCCACAUUCAGGUCAACGCAUGCAGUGGUACAGAGCUGUUUUCCACAAAAACCCCAAUAUCCAGACUGAACUGACACUAACUCGGGCUGAGCUGAAGAUUUCCAGGCAGAUUUUAGAUAAACCCACUUCAGUUCUGCCUGGGACAAGACAAGAGAUCAAAGUUAAAGUCAAAAGGAGGACACCGAUGAACUCUGCUGCAUGGACACACAUAAACUCUCCAAUACGUGCCAAUGUGUCAAGCACUCAAGAUUUGAUGCUGGACAUCAGCCCUGAGGUGGAGAGGUGGUUGAAGUCUGAUGUUGGAGAGGCACUAGUUGUGGUUGUGGGGAUAGCUGUGGGCAUAAAAGAUGCCCUCAAGGCAAACCCAACCCUUUCUCUGGAAUUGGGCCUCAGACAGCCCAAACCGGCCCUGAAGACGAGGCUGCGUCGCUCUAACAAGGAAGACGUCUGCAAUGAUCAAGGAUGGUGCUGCCGGAAGUCUGUCACUGUGUCCUUCAAAGACAUCGGCUGGACGGAUUGGGUGGUGGCCCCGACUGAGUACACAAUGCAUUUCUGCGACGGCACCUGCCCCCACAACUACAAGCCUGCGAGCAUGCACACGCAGGUGAAGUCUCGGCUGCAUCAGAUUAACAAAGGAGGGUCACCUCGCCCCUGCUGCGUGCCGGCGGCCUACGAGCCAAUGGUCCUAAUGCACUAUGACAGUAGGGGAAACUUGAAGCUGACUCCUUUCGACGACUUGAUUGUCACUAAAUGUCACUGUGCCUGAGGAGGUGUGCCUUUUUUAAGUUAAACCUUUGGGAGACAGUAGUCACUAAAAGAUGUUACAUGCUGAUUGUGUUG